AUGGUUUGGACUAGAUCGUCACAACCAGCUGUUCCGGUCGUUUGGCAUACUUUCCAGGCUAGGGAUGGAGAUGAAAGCGACGGCCGGCUCGUAACGUAUCGCGUUCAGGAUCUAACCGAAGAUCGGCAUGAAGAUUUGAUUGAACAUUUCCUCGAUAACUUUUUAGUUGAUGAGCCAAUGUCUGCCGCUUCGGGUUCCGCGGAAAAACAGCAAUCGGGUGCGGUCAGCCUAUGGAAACCGAUAUUGGAGGAAAAUAUGACUCUCGUUUGCUACAAGGAAGGAUCGGAUGAGAUUAUCGGUGCAAAUAUUCUGGCCAUUAGGGAUAGUGAAAAUUAUUUAAUUACAACCGAAGAACGAGACGUUGCAUUAAAUAUUGUUGACUACGCUUCGAAGCAAUUUGAUUACACCGAACAUUACGGUGUCGUAGAUCGAAUGGUAGCAUACGGUCUUUCCGUCGGCAAACGAUACCGCGGAAGAGGGAUUGCAACGGAAAUCCUAAAGGCUAGAGUUCCGCUGUGUAAAGCGUUUGGAAUCAAACUUGCCGCCCAUAGCUUUUCCGCUAUUGGAUCACAGAAAGCCGCAACCAAAGCCGGUUAUCGAACGGACUAUGAAAUUACUUAUGACGAUCUUGCUAAGAUGGGUCCAGAAUAUGCAAUGCCCGGCAUUACGUCCAAAAAUUUCAAACUUAUGAGUUAUUAUAUUGAAUAA